GCCCUCCGCUACCAUUGGUGAAGACGCAGAGCGGGAGGGCGUGGCUAUGCUCUCCACAAAGGGCAGUGUUGUGAGGCUGGACUGUGGUGAGAGGCGCUGCCUACAACUCCCAGUAUGAUGUCCAGUAAUGGUGGGAGUUGUGGUUUUGCAACUUCUGAAGGUCCACAGUUUGAAAACCACUGGCAUAAGGUGCAGUCAGCAAAACCAAUGGUGGAUACAAAUAGUCCACAAACAUAUGUACAUCUCAACCUAAAACUGAAAAAAUUGAAGCUUGAAGAGGAACGACUAUCAGUCAUUGAAAGGGACAACCAUUUGUUGCUAGAGAAAAUGUCAGCUAUUAUGAGAACAAAAGGAAGGGUUGACAACAAAAAUAAUUAUGAAGCUAAAAGUUUAAAUAAAGAAAAAAGAGAACAAGAAUUGCUGAAAGUAUUCAAAGAGAACCAAACUAUUGGGGACAGACUCACUAGAUGUGAGCCUCAGUAUCGAGUUGAAAAGUGGCAUGAAGACUGGGCAAAAGCAGAAAAGUAUAUGGACAGCAUUGCCAGAUACCCAAGGGGAUGGUAUGCAAUGCAACAUCCAGAAAAGGUAGUUCCAUUUAAGAAACAAGUGAUAUAUAAAUGCCCUUGCAAGAAUUUAAAAGGAAAAAAGAAAGCUGCCAAAAAAGAGUCCGUAAAAUAUGGCAAAACGAAGCAGUGUAAAGAUGAUAAUGACAAUGACAGACAGUCAAUGGAGAAAAUAAAUAAUGCAAAGCAAGAAGACAUGAACAAUGACUAUACGAGAAGUAAAAAAGAAAGUCAACAUUCAGAGUCGGAAUAUGAAAAAAAGGAAAAGAAUAUAGAUCAGCAAAAAGUAGGUGACAAAAAAGAGCAAAUUCAGGAAAACAACAAUAAAAAGAAGUCAGAAAAGGAUGAAGAUUCGACCAAGAUCAAUGAGAACAAUGAGCCGCCAAUGGAUAAAAAUGAGACAAGUUACGAUAAUAGUGCUGAUAUGGUUAAAGAAGAUGAAUCUCACCGUUCAGAAGAUGAAUCUCACCGUUCAGAAGAUGAAUCUCACCGUUCAGAAGAUGAAUCUCACCGUUCAGAAGAUGAAUCUCACCGUUCAGAAGUUGAAUCUCACCGUUCAGAAGAUGAAUCUCACCGUUCAGAAGAGUCUGAAAGUGAACAUGAGGCAGAUGAUGAUAAGAAACCAAAUAAUGCAGAGUAGUAUCCAGAUGUGGAAUAGAUUGUAAUUUAUCAGUGAUGGUAAUCUCUACUGAAUCCAAUAAUAUUGUCAAAUCUCUACUUCAUACAUGAUGGCAUGGUCAUUUAAUCUAAAACACAAGCUAUCUUAUUUAUACUGUCGCUGGGCUCCACUAAGAGAGGACUCCUUUACUUAACCCAUUUAAAGAAUGUUUUUUUUUUUUUUUACUCUGCUCAACUCCUGUAAAAUACUGCACACCUAACAGACCCCAUUUAAGCAAAUGAGAUUUGUCAGGCUUUUUUUUUGGCAUCAAACAGACCCUAAAGGUGAUGGAGCCCAGCUUUGGUGUAAAUGAGCCCUAAUAUGUGAGAUAUAUCUUCAGUAACAGUAAAAGUGCUGCAGACAAGAAACAGAAAUUAAGAAAAAUGGUUAAGGUAUGAGACACAAAGUAUAAUAAAAAGUUGCAUAAUUGUUAUUCAUAAACUGAAUAAGCUUUAGUUACAUAAAAUAUGAAAACCCAUUUUUGAAUAUACUGCCAACAAGAUGGCUUAUGUAGUGCUGCACCCCCAACAUGGCGGAAUUUCGAGUGGAAUCAAGCAGAAAAAUUCUGCUCGGAAAUACUGUUACAGCAGACUAUUGUUUUCAAUGGGAUUAUCCUGCAUCUUGCACGUGGCAGAAUUUCUGCAGUGGACACAUCUACAGCGAUAACUCAAAUUCUGUACUGCAGAAUUUACUUGGAAAUGCAUUGCAGUCUAUAGAGAUGGUCCAUUUCCGAACAGUACUAGCUGUCUGCAGAAAUGUUCAGCCAUGUGAACAAGGCCUUACAAUUUUUUUUUUUAACCAGUAGUGGGGAGUGCUGCUUUACAGGAAAAAACUCAGAAGGGGAUGUAGAACUAGUGGGGAUUCCAUAAGAUAGACACCCAUGAUCAUCAAGUAAAAGCAUAUCGUAGUGAUAUACCAUAUCUUUAUGAUAUGUAAACACCCCUUUAGUAAAUCAGUUUUGGUACCAUGCAGCAGUGAUCUUGGAUAGUUGUGGUAUAAAAUGACUAAUCUAUUUUUACAAAUGACUGCCCAGAUGACAUGUUCACAGGAGUCACAUUGAUAUAAUCUAUUGUCUACACAAUAUUGUCUACACUUCUAUGUUUGUCUCAUUCUGCUCAUUCAUCUAAUUAUCAUAGUAUAGAAAAAUAAUGCACAUUUCUGAACUGCCUGCAUGGAACUAAUGUCAGCUAUUACUAUGAGUUUCAGUUGAGCUAUUUAUGCCAGCAGUGAAUGAAAGUUCCAAAGGUCGAUUUCACCUCUAUUUACUUUAAUCUGUAUGUGUCAACCUAUGUUUAAUGGCAUAAAAAUAGACUGGAGACAGUCUGUUAUGGAACCACUUUGAACCAUUUUAUUGUUCCAGAGAAUUUUACUCAUCCACCUGCUGUACCUAGUAAAUUUACUUCUUGACAAAGAUAAACUUUGUUUGGCAAACAA